AUGUCCACCCCGUUCAAAAACAUCCUCCUGAUCGGCGCAACGGGCUCCAUAGGCCGCUACGUCCUCCGCGCCCUGCUCGCCGAGCCUACCUUCAGCAUCACCAUCCUGCAACGGUCCUCCUCCACCACCCCGCUCACCACGGGAACGGGAGGAGGCGGGGCCGACGACGAGAAGGUGCGCGUGAUCACCAUCGAGGACGACUACCCGACGCCCGCGCUCGUGCAGGCCUUUCGCGGCCAGGACGCGGUCAUCUCGUGCGUGACCACGCUGUCGGUGGCCACGCAGCACCGCUUCAUCGACGCGGCCAUCGCCGCGGGCGUGCGCCGCUACGUCCCCUCCGAGUUCGGGCUCAACAACAUGCGGGCCGACGCGCAGGCGCUGAACCGCGUGUUCCGCGACAAGGGCGCCGUGCAGCAGUACCUGCGCGACAAGGCCGCCGCCGCCGAAAUUGAGUGGAUGAGUGUCAGCUGCGGCAUGUGGCUGAAGUGGUCCGCGCAGAACAACUUCUUGGGCAUGGAUAUCAAGACGAAGGGGGCGAGGAAGUUUGUGUUGUGGGAUGGCGGGCGGGGCAGGUUUAGUGUGACGACGGAGGAGAACACGGCGCUGGCGAUUGUGCGGGCGCUGACCCGCCUGCCGGAGGAGACCAAGAAUCGGAAUGUGCUGGUGCACGAGUUUGUGACCACGCAAAGGGAGCUGCUGGAGGAAUUGAAGCGGCAGACCGGGGAGGAGUUUGUGGUUGAGGAGGUGGACAGUGAGAAGAGGAUCAAGGAGCUGCAGGCGAUGGAGGCCGCGGGGGACCCUACCGGCACGUUUGGGCUGAUCGAGGCCGGGUUUGCGACCGGCCGAUACGGGGGCGAUCUCGAGCACGAGGGCGAGAUCCUCACGGACAAGCUGGGCUUGCAACGGCAUUCCCUGGAGGAGGUUGUUGCGGAUGCUCUGGCGAGCUUGCAGUGA